AGUGAAGGGACCUGUUUAGAUGCUCUCCAAGUCCUUGGCUAUGGAGUAUUUGGCUCAUCCUGGUGCACUCAGCUUGGCUGCUGGAGUUGCUUGUGGCAUAUGCCUGGGAUGGGGCCUCAGGAUGCACUUUGGGAUGCCACCCACACGCCUGACAAGUGAGCCUGAUGCAGAGACCAGAACUGAAGCAAGCAUCAUGGGAGAGAGUGGGGAGUACAAAAUGAUUCUUGUGGUUCGAAAUGACUUAAAGAUAGGGAAAGGAAAAGUUGCUGCCCAGUGCUCUCAUGCUGCUGUUUCUGCCUACAAGCAAGUCCAAAGGAAAAACCCUCAAGUGCUCAAACAGUGGGAAUACUGUGGCCAGGCCAAAGUGGUAGUCAAAGCCCCUGAUGAAGAAACCCUGAUCAAAUUGCUGACCCAUGCAAAAAUGCUGGGGCUGACUGAGUUAAUCCAAGAUGCUGGACGUACUCAGAUUGAACCAGGCUCUCAUACUGUCCUAGGAAUUGGGCCAGGACCAGCAGACGUAAUUGACAAAGUUACUGGUCACCUAAAACUUUACUAG